GAAGCAACCAUUAUCUCAGGGACUCAGCUUGCUAAACAAGUCUAUAAAGAAGUCCAGAGGGAUGUAGAAUCAUGGAUGUCCCUUGGGAACAGGAGACCUCAUCUCACUGUCAUUUUAGCAUUUGUAGUGAGAUAAUAUUGAAGCCUAAAGACAUUUCUGAGGAAGAACUUUUAGAUCUGACUGCCAAAUUAAACCAUGAUUCAAGAGUUAAUGGUAUAUUGGUCCAGUUACCUCUUCCAGAUCAUAUAGAUGAACGAACAGUCUGCAAUAUUGUUGCACCUGAAAAGGAUGUGGAUGGAUUCCAUAUUAUCAACAUUGGACGACUGUGUCUUGAUCAACCUUCUGUAAUACCUGCCACUGCUGCUGCUGUUUGGGAAAUUAUAAAAAGAACAGGAAUACAAACGUUUGGAAAAAAUGUUGUUGUAGCUGGAAGAUCUAAGAAUGUAGGAAUGCCUAUUUCAAUGCUUUUACAUACAGAUGGAGAACAUGAAAGGCCUGGAGGUGAUGCUACAGUGACAAUUACUCACAGAUAUACUCCAAAAGAGCAGCUGAAGAUCCAUACCCAACUAGCUGACAUUAUAGUAGUAGCUGCAGGUAUUCCAAAGUUGAUUACAGCUGAUAUGGUUAAAGAAGGUGCAGCUGUGAUUGACGUAGGCAUUAAUCAUAUCCAUGACCCUCUGACAGGGAAAACCAAAUUAGUAGGGGAUGUGGACUUUCAAGAGGUAAAGAAGAAAGCGGGCUUUAUCACUCCAGUCCCAGGAGGAGUAGGACCUAUGACUGUGGCCAUGCUCUUGAAGAACACACUCAUUACUGCUAAAAAGCUCAUUUACUAGAGAGCUACUGCUACACUAAAAAAUGAAUCCAAGUCAUUCUAUUUAUUGAUGCAUAAAACAUUUAUUUUUUACUACAAAUAUAUUUAUUUCUACAUUGUAUUUAUUUUUUCAUGUAAAAUAUUAUGAAUCUGAUGAUGAUUUACAAAAUGUUGCAAUACUUUCUGUUACCUCCUGCAGCUGAAUUGUGAGUAAAACAAAGUUCAGUCACAGCUUUCACAUGUGUAUUGUUGUUCUGUGAGUCAAACUUGUUUAUAAAAAAAAAUAUGCUUUUGAACAUUUUACUCUUAAGUCCUAUUUUCAAAAGUGACUUAGUCAGUUAGGACCCUAAACUUCAUUGAAAGUUAAUGACGCUUAAGCUCCUAAAUGCUAAAUCACUUUUUGAAAAUUGAACUUAGGCUCCCAAGUCACUUAUACACUUUUGAAAAUUUUAUUCUAAAUCUUGAAUUCCUUGCAAAUCCAAAACGUCUGUUGAUGUCAGUAGAAUUUUGCAUGCCCAAGUAAUGCAAGAUUCAAACCUAAGAUUCAACUGCAUGCCAGUCAUGCUGAAAUCAUGAAGGGCUCACAUUCAGCAUGUAUAUUUUUUAAAUUAAAAUGAGCUUAUACACCAGAGGCCAAAUUCUGACCUUAUCUACAUACCCAGAAGUCAGUGGGAGCUAUGUGCACUAGAAUGGAAACCAGAAUUUGUCUCCUUCAGAAUCCAGGGUUCAUUAGCCAAAUGUGUUGAUACACAUGCAGUGUGUUGUGUUUCUUUUUAAGCAUGCUCAGUGUUUGAUAUGCCCUGGUCCUAUGAUGUGACCAUGCAUGGCUCACUUAGCAAGAUCAGGAUUGGGAUUAAUAAAUCUAUAGUAAAACCUACUAUAGAAAUGUGUCGUUGGUAACAUAAAAGAGGAGAAAAAGAUCAUCCAGAAUGAAAUAGUUGUGUUAAAACUAUGAACUGCAUUCCCUCUUCCCUCCUGUGAUCAGCUCAUGUUCUUAGUCUCUGCCAUAAGGCCCAAUCCUGGUUCCAUGGGAGUUUUGCUAUUAACUUUAGUGACCAAAGAAGAGUGACAUUGGGAAGAGGACACUACUGCUAUAAAAAUAAGAGGCAAACUUGGGAGAAUGGGGAAUAUUUAUCUGCAUUUAAAAAAGGAAUAAAAAUGUUGAUGCUCACUUAUUCAAUGAGAGAGAGAGAGUCAGUUCAAAAACUGGAUUAGAGUAAUCAAUGUGAUGUAAAAUUAAAAUGGGAAUGCCAGUGAUGAUGCCAUUCUGAUGAUGAUUGCAUAUAUGAUUAACACUGAGGGCCCACUCUAGCUCGACUGACGUCAGUUGGUGUCAGAUUGGGCCAUUGUUUACAUCUCUGAAUCUCAGUAGAGAGGGUUUUGAUUAUUUAGUCUAAUCAAGAGCCAUUGAUGCUUGCCAGUAGUUUGUAGAUUGCCUGAAUGAA